AGGCCCCCGACGGCUGGAACAUAUAUACGAAGCCAUCAGAAUGGACGGUGCUCCCCUUCUCUCCGUUUUCCCUUCUGCUUCGGCUUUCCUCUCUUUUUCUGUACUCGCCACGCCACGGCACGACGUCCGGCACGCCGGCUAACGCUCACGACCCCGCUAUGCUCUCGAACGACCCCACGUAUCCCCUCUUCCCCAUCCUGGCAUUUUUGAGCUCGGUUCUUGCGCUUCUUCCGGUACCCUUCACACUUCAAGUAUGGAACACGGGUGCUUGUGCGCUCGCGGCGUGGGCGGCGACGGCGUGCUUGCUCUCCUUCAUCAACUCGGUGGUGUGGUCAGGAAAUGUGAUGAAUACGGUACCAGCGUGGUGCGAUAUAUCAUCUAAGCUUCUCCUCGGUGCAAGCAUCGGUAUCCCCGCCUCCGGUCUCUGCAUCUCCCAUCGUCUCUGGAAGGUCACCUCCAUGCGUCUUGUCCCCGAGACCCGCCGCGAAAUCCUCUUCGCGAUCGCGAUCGACCUUGCGCUCUCCGCUGGGGUUCCCCUCUUCGUUAUGCUACUUCACAUCAUAGUACAAAGCCAACGCUUCACCAUCCUCGAAGACAUUGGCUGCCAAGCCGCCAUCCCCAAUACCCUCCUGUCCUACUUUCUCGUCCUGAGCUGGCCUCUCGGCCUGGGACUGGCCUCGCUAAUUUAUGCUGUUCUCACCCUCCGCCUCUCCUACGUCCACCGCCUCGAGUUCGAUCACGCGCUUGCGAAGCAGGGCACCCUGCGCACGGCUCUCUGCCUCCGCCUUGUCCUCCUCGCGCUCGUUGCUUUCACUGUAUCCAUUGUCUCUAGCAGCCUGAACAUCGCGGCGCUCGCGCGGUCGGGCCCCCUCAUCCCGUGGUCGGAGGCGCGCCGGCUGUGGGUGCCGAGGUCCGAGGCAUCUCCCUCGUUCACGCAGACGGCGAACUCCUCCGCCUCUGAGCUUGCCUCCGUCCCGCCCUGGCGCUCGUCCGUUGCGCCGGAGUGGGAUCCCGCCUUCCCGAGCCCGGACGUGUCGGCCGUCGAUUCAUUCAACACCUCUGAUAGCUCCUCGACUAUCACGCCCGACGUCGCCCUCAUCGUCUUCUCAACCUGGCACGCCGCGCCGCUCUCCGCCGCUGCCAUCGAGGCUGGGCGCUGGGCGCCUGUGCUCUGCGCGCUCGCCUUCUUCAUCCUGUUCGGCCUAGCUGGCGAGGCGAGCUAUCAUGCAAGGGUUGUGCAUAUGUUCCGGAAGGUAUGCAGACGGGGUACUGUGGAUGGCUUCAAGCUCCCGCAUCCAAAGUGGGAGAAGGCCUGGCCGGACUCGAAGCACGGGGCCGCGGAGAAGAUGACGUACCUGGGCUCGCUCAAGCAGGCUACCCUUUCGAACGGCAAGGUCAACGAGAAGGGCCCCACUACCGUCACCCAGAAACCGAACAACUCCAUUGGCGCGCUUCCCUUCUACGUCGCGCAGGUCGGCCAGGACGCCUCCGACGACCCCUUCGCUUCGACGCGCAAGGAUCCCUUCGCCCCCGCGGACCUCAGCGCGAGCCGUAGUCGGAGCCUCGAGCUGUGCAGGACGCGAAGCAUGUACAGCGAGGGCCUCAGCCGCGCUUCGUCGGCGAGCUCGGUGUACACCGCGCGCACCAGCCCGGGGAGGCGCUCGGACGACGCAGAAAGCGUGCCGGCGCUGCCUGUCAAUGUGAUCCCGCCGUCACCGGAGGCGCCUCGGCGCCAACAGUCGCUGACCGGCAAGUCGCAGCAGACGAUCGACAAGUCACUGCCCGAGGUACCCUGCGACGCCGACUCGGAGCGCUCGGCGCGCCUGCCCUCUCGCAGCCUCAUGGGAGGGCCGUCGGAGGAGACGCUGCCCAGAUUCCAUCUGCACCCCACGCAGGGCCUUGCGGCCGGCCAGCUCUCUGCCGAUCGCCCGCGCACCCCCUCUGCUCGCCACGCGCCCCAGGACUCCGUCACGUCGCUCACGUCCUGCGACUCGCUCGCGACCUCCCUCGGCUCCGCGCGCGACGUGAUCUACAACUCGGACGCGUACGCGACGGACCCGACGCAUGCGUACCACGCCAACCACGGGUACUGGGCGAGGGCGAGCGCUGAUAGCGGGUAUGGCGCGGGAGGCGCGCAUUCCCAGCACAUCUACUACACGGCCCCCCUUGGCGCACAGCCCUCGCCGCCGCCGUUCUCGAACCUCAUCCCCGCGCCUGCUGUCCCCGAAGGGAACGCGGAGGUAGGGCGGGCGAUGGGGGCGGGACAUGCGCGUACGAGCUCCAAGGGCCAUGCACAUGCAGGCUCGAAGAGCCGCUCUCCGACGCCUCUCCCCAUGCUCUUCGGGCGGCGUGCGCGGUCGCCAUCCCCGGUGCGGGUCACUGUGCGGAUGGAGCGCGAGGUCGAAGAGGUAUAAAUUUCCAUACGGUCCACCCUAUCCUCUUCCCAUAUACAGCUACUCAGUGUCUCCCUCGCCCUACGCAAUGGUUUUCACGCACUGUUACUCGCUUGCACGACCUUUUUUUUCAGACAUGACGAUCUCCUCACGCUUUGGCGCUUCAUUUCUUACUUUAUUCUUCUUCGACGGUGCUGGUAUGCCGCUGGCCCUUUCCUGUGCAUCUUGGUUUAUGGACUUUGACUGCGCAUCUCUCAUGAUACAUUGAUAAAUCUGUAGCACUAUCUGCUUGCGUGGCUCCUUUCUUAGACAAUGUAUUUCUCAGCAAUUGGGGAGAAUUUGCUUCUGACGCCA